AUGAAAUCAGCAAGUAACAAAGCUUAUCUCUCUAAGAGAGCUAUCGAGCAAUACAAGCAUGAGAAAGAAAGAAGAAUGUAAUCUGAAAAUACUUUAAACCAGAUGUUUCAAAUUAAAGAGUAAUAAGAAGAAGAUGAUGUCUUAAUGAAUGAUGAAUCAUCAGAAAUGAUAUCAUCAUCUGCCUAAUCAAAACAAAUCAAAGAAGAGAUAAAGGUCUAGCCUAAGAAAUCAGAGGGUAAAGUGAACAAUCUAAUCCCCGAUGAAGCAGAAGAAGAUGAGGAAGAGGACAAUCUAUCAGCUGAGAGUAUGAAUUCUGAAGAAUUAGGCGAUGAUAUUGACGACAACAAAGUAUUCGAACACUAACAUGUUCAAAUGCUACAAAACAUGAUUAAAGAUGACAAGAAAAAAGAGAAGACUUCAAUAUUUGGUAAAAUCUCGAACUUCUUCGGAGGAUCCAGCUAAAGUGUACCAUAAUAGAGAAGAGAACAAACCAGUUUAUUCAGUGCUCAAAGCAAUGAAAUGGAAAACAACAUGUUCUUUGGAUAAGCCUAACCAUAAAUGAAUUUUUAACAGCAAAUGAAUCCCCAGAACUCGUUGUUUGGCUUGGGCUUCUAGGCACCAUCAGAAAAUCUUCAAGAAUUUCUAAAAAAUAACUCCAACACAGAAAAUACUGCAGAAUUAAAGAAGGAAAAAAGAAGAAAACACAAGCAAGAUGUAGAUACUAAUGUCUUCCAAAUAUCUAUGGCUUGUCUAAAAGAUCAAGGUGAACUUGCAACUGGUGAUCCCUACUUCUGCACUAAUUGCGAUGCAGUCUUUAAUCUCCACAGUAAGAUUGAAGAAAACAAAGCUGAAGAGGAGUAGAUUUGGCAAUGCGAAUUUUGCAACCACAAAAAUAAGGUUUAGUUCGAACCUGAGGAACUUCCAAAGUCUGAAGCUGUGAACUACAUUGUUGAAGCAGCUGCAUAGAUUAUUGAUAAGAAAAACCCUGGAACUGGUUAAAAAGACAUAUCAGUUAUCUUCUGUAUUGAUAUAUCAGGAAGCAUGUGUGUAUCCUUGCCAGUUGUUGGUCGUCAUCAGCUAAAAGGUGAUAGAAUGAAGGGUAUCUCAGCAGAACUCAUGAAGUUCGGAGACGGCUCUGACCAAAGACUCCGAGGAGAUCAUAAUGUCACAUAUGUCUCAAGACUCUAAUGCGUCCAAUCAGCCAUUGAGAAGCAACUAGAAGAAAUGUAAAAGUGCCAUCCCGAUAGGAAAAUUGGUUUAGUGACUUUCAAUAGUGAGGUAACAGUUAUUGGGGAUGGUACCUAGAUUCCAAAGACAAUAGCUGGUGAUAAUCUUAAUGAUUAUGAUACACUUCUCUAGAGUGGAAUUCAAUCUCAUCAGACUGGACUUCAAAAGCCUAUAAAGGAGACUAAAAAGCAUUUGGAAUAAAAGCUCCUAGGUUUGGAGGAAACAGGGCCAACUGCAUUGGGACCAGCUGUACUGACUGCCAUUGCAAUGGCUGGUGAAGGAGCACCUGGUUCUUAAGUGAUAGUUUGCACAGAUGGACUUGCUAAUGUAGGUCUUGGUAAUUUUGAUGAUGUUUUCGAAGAAGAGUAGCACCAAAAGAUAGAUGAGAUCUAUGAUAGAAUGGGUGAAUAUGCCAAGUCAAAAGGUGUAACAGUAAAUAUUGUCAGUAUCGAGGGUGAAGAAUGUAACAUUGACACUAUUUCAAGACUAUCUGAGCUGACUGGUGGAGAUGUGCAGAGAGUUAAUCCUAAGGAUCUUAUAGAGAAUUUCUCUAACAUCUUAAGUUUACCAACUCUAGCUACAAAUGUCUAGGUAAAGGUUAAGAUUCACAAAGGUCUUCAGUAUAGAAAUGAGGAUCCACAAAGUCUAAGUGCUGACAAGACUAUUCUUUCAAGAGAUCUUGGCAAUGUAAACGAGGAUACUGAGAUUACAUUUGAAUACAAACUCAAGAAUAUAAAGAAACUGGUAGAAAUGGAGGACAUUGAUUUGGAAAAACUUAAACAUUUCCCCUUCUAAGCAUAGAUAACCUACACAUCCUUAGACGGUGCAAGAUGCAUCAGAGUAAUCACAAACCAAGUCGAAACAUCAAACGAUAGAAAUGAAUUGAUGCAGCAAGCCGACUUUGAUAUUUUGGGUGUAAAUGCCAUAAAAUAAACUGCUAAAAUUGCCAGAGGUGGUGAUUUUGUAAAAGCUCAAGUAAAUGCUAAAGCAUGGAGUAGACAUUUGGAAAGAAAUACAAAUGAUAAUUAGCAAAGUGAGUAACUAAUGAACUUCAGAGGAAACGUCAAUAGCAUGUAUAAUGCCAUUGCUGUUGAAAGAGAUAGAGUGUCAAACAACAAUAUUAUGAUUGGCUCGGUGCCAUUAAGCAAGCCCUCUGUACAAAACAACAGUAUCAGCAGUAAUAAUCAAUUAAGACAAGGCACUAGAUUCAAUGAUAAUCUGAGUCAUUAAGUAUUCGCUGCUCAAAAGAUGAAUGCUAAGAGCAUCCAAAAAAAGCGAUGA